AGAGAGACACACACUCUGACACAAAUAGAAAGGAGCUUCCCUCUUUGGGGAGUUUGAACCAUCGGAUAGUUAGUUGGAGCUCCAGUGGCAUGUUUCCAUCGAUGCGACCCUGCGAGCUGCAAAGGCCUUUUCUGCUUUCACUCAUUCCAGCUGACGACUAAUCCAGGAUGGACCAUGGAGACCAUGGAGACCGUGGGACGGGCGUCUCUCACCUGCGCUAUGAGGACGAGGAGGACCAUCAGUCCAUCUACAUAGGCGUCCCGGUGCCUCGGGGAUACCGACGCAAACGCAGGCGAAGGCGCUCGAGUCGCGAGGCGGCUGAAAUGGACCGGGGCAGACACUUCACCCACCGCAGGCCAGAAGAGCACAACCGCUACGGCGACGUCGAGGAAGGACUGCUGGAAUCAAAUGAGCCGAGUCUACAAGACAUCAACCACACAGUGUCGCCAGCGGCAGAGCGGCUACGUUACAUCCUGAACGAAGAUGAUGACAUGCCCACGCCGACACUCUUCACUGAGAUGGACACUCUACAGCGAGAAGGAGGCGAGCUGGAGUGGAAGGAGUCGGCCAGGUGGGUAAAGUUCGAAGAGAAGGUGGAAGAAGGCGGCGAGAGGUGGAGUAAACCACACGUGUCCACGCUGUCCCUGCAUAGUCUUUUUGAGCUCAGGACGUGUCUGCAGACGGGAACGGUGCUGCUGGACCUGGAAGGCUACUCACUACCGCAGAUAAUUGAUGACAUCAUUGAGAGACAGAUAGAGGAAGGCAUGAUAUCUCCGGAACUAAGAGACAAAAUCAGUUUUGUCCUGCUGAGGAAACAUCGACACCAGACCAAGAAGCCAAUCCACCGCUCGCUAGCCGACAUUGGCAAGUCCACCUCCUCCAGCAAUCGUAACGUGGGGCCCCGAGGUGGGCAGGGGACAGGGACAGGGACAGGGACAGGGACUGGACCGGGGCCAAUAGCGAACUUUAAUCGAUCCACAGAGGACCUCCGAAUCAAACAGCAGUCUGCCAACUACGGCCGCCUGCGUCAUGCACAGAGUAGGAGUAUGAAUGAUAUUGCAGAUUCUCCCAGCUCAGACCAGCUAAGAAAUAAAUUCAUGAAGAAAAUACCCAGGGAUGCCGAGGCUUCCAACGUCUUGGUGGGGGAAGUGGAUUUCCUCAGCAAACCUUUCGUAGCCUUUGUCCGCCUGGCCCAGGCUACAACGCUGGGCGGUCUCACCGAGGUCCCCGUUCCCACCAGAUUCUUGUUUAUUCUCCUGGGACCGCACGGGAAAGCCAAGUCAUAUAAUGAGAUUGGCCGAGCCAUUGCAACCCUAAUGGUGGAUGACCUCUUCAGCGAUGUAGCUUACAAGGCCAGAGACCGCGAGGACCUCAUCGCGGGCAUAGACGAGUUUUUGGAUGAAGUGAUUGUGCUGCCGCCUGGAGAAUGGGAUCCCAAAAUUCGCAUUGAGCCGCCCAAGAAAGUCCCAACGGCUGACAAAAGGAAAUCUGUGUUUUCCUUAAACGAGUUGGGGCAGGGGAACGGUGCAGCCGGAGGAGGAGGAGGCCAGUCAGAAGACGAGGAGAUGCCGCCGCAACACGAGCUUGGAGAAGAGCUGGCAUUCACUGGACGCUUCUGUGGUGGUCUGUACCUGGACAUAAAGCGGAAGUUGCCGUGGGUGCCCAGCGAUAUCUAUGAGGGUUUCCACCUACAGUCCAUCUCCGCGGUGCUCUUCAUCUACUUGGGCUGCAUCACCAACGCCAUAACCUUCGGGGGGCUGCUGGGAGAUGCUACCGACAACUACCAGGGUGUGAUGGAGAGUUUCCUGGGAACAGCUCUUGCUGGCUCUGUCUUCUGCCUCUUCAGCGGUCAGCCCCUCAUCAUCCUCAGUUCCACUGGACCCAUCCUCAUCUUUGAAAAGCUCCUGUUUGAAUUCAGCAAGAGCAACGGCAUAGAUUACAUGGAGCUCCGUCUGUGGAUCGGCAUGCACUCCUGCCUGCAGUGUUUCAUCCUGGUUGCUACAGAUGCCAGUUUCAUCAUUAAAUACAUGACGCGCUUCACCGAGGAGGGCUUCUCCAGCCUCAUCUCCUUUAUCUUCAUCUCUGACGCCAUCAAGAAGAUGGUGGGCUCCUUCAAAUAUUACCCCAUCAACACCGACUUUAAGCCUGACUACGUCACUACGUACAAGUGUGAAUGCUUGGCUCCGGACCUGAUUCCAAUACCAGAUAACAGCUCUAGUGUCUCUGGGUCGAAUGUGACAGGUUUGGACUGGAGCCAGCUGAGCAAGAAGGAGUGUCUUAAGUACGGAGGCUCUCUGGUGGGAAACACCUGCAAGUUUGUCCCUGAUUUGGCCCUCAUAUCCUUUAUUCUCUUCUUUGGCACCUAUUCCAUGACUGUGAGCCUCAAGAAGUUCAAGUCCAGUCGCUACUUUCCCACCAAGCUGCGGAAACUCAUCAGUGACUUUUCUAUCUUCAUGUCCAUCAUGACGUUUGUGGGGCUUGAUAUGUUGUUGGGGCUCAAAACUCCCAAGCUAAUCGUCCCCACAGAAUUUAAGCCAACCCGACCGGGUCGCGGCUGGCUGGUGAUGCCGUUCGGUAAGAACCCGUGGUGGGUUUACGUGGCCAGCUCCGUCCCUGCGCUCCUCGUCACCAUCCUCAUCUUCAUGGACCAGCAGAUCAGCGCCGUCAUUGUCAACCGCAAGGAGAACAAACUCAAGAAAGGCUGUGGGUACCACCUCGACCUGUUCUGGGUGGGCGUCCUGAUGGCCGUCUGCUCCUUCCUGGGCCUCCCCUGGUACGUCGCCGCCACCGUCAUCUCCAUCGCUCACAUCGACUCGCUGAAGAUGGAGAGCGAGUCGAGCGCUCCGGGAGAGCAGCCUCAGUUCCUCGGGGUCAGAGAACAAAGAAUGACAGGCAUUUUGGUAUUUGCCCUCACUGGAGUCUCCAUCUUCCUCGCUCCAGUACUUAAGUACAUCCCCAUGCCCGUGCUGUACGGUGUCUUCCUCUACAUGGGCGUAGCUUCGCUCAGUGGAAUCCAGUUCUGGGACAGGAUUAAGUUGUACAUGAUGCCCUCCAAGCACCAGCCCGACUUCCCUUACCUGCGUCAUGUUCCUCUGAGGAAGGUCCAUCUCUUCACACUGGUCCAGAUCGCCUGUCUGGCUGUGCUCUGGACCCUCAAAUCCACCUUCUUGGCCAUCAUCUUCCCGGUUAUGAUACUGGGUCUGAUGGUUGUCCGAAAGAUGCUGGACAUGGUCUUCUCCCAGCACGACCUGGCCUGGAUAGACGACCUCCUUCCAGGGAAAGACAAGAAGAAGAAGAAGGAUGACGAUAAGAAGAAGGGAAAGGAGAAGAAAAAGCCCAAGCUAGACGACAGUGAGGAGGAGGACAAGUGUCACGCCUACUCCAACCACUCACCCAGCCCAGACUCAGACGUGGAUCGCAGCAUCACCCUCCACCUGAAGAUCUCCUGCCCGUCGUCUCCGUCCGUGCCCAUGGGCCGAGGAAUGUCCUGCCCCGUGCCCCAGGUCAAAAUCGAGAUGGAGUCGGACUACGACUCAGACAGCGACCACCACCGCCCUCGGGACAUUAGCAGCGAGACCACGUUAUGAAGCUCAGACUCUACACGUCUUUGUUGACAGAACAACGCACAACACAAAAGUGUGGGCCGAUUACACAGCGCGGCCAGUGCUGACCCGCGGCGACGCCGGCUGCGAGCAAGCUGACCCCCGAACGGACCGACUGAAGUUGGACUGAUCACUGCAGCUUCGUUGGCUUUUAAACUGGUGCAGCUUUGACAGAUUUUGCUUUGAAUAAUAUAUUGAAUAUAUUUAUUUGUUUAUUUGUAUAAUGUAAAUGGCCGUAAUAACAGAGUACAUCUAUAUUUGUUUGCGCUAUAUAGGAUUAUGUAGUAAAUGUGCUAAUAAGGAUACAAAUUAGCUGUAUGAUGAUAUUGUACUAUCGUUUCAGAUCAGUGUGUGUGUACAGGGUUUUACUUUGAGGCAGGAGAUGUGAAAACAGGCUCCAUCUUAGUAACAGUAGCAUAUUAGUGUUUUGGUAUUUAUUUGAUUGUGCUGUUGUUUGCCUCUGAACCCAGACAACCAACUGUCCUUUCCCUGUCUCCCCCCCAGUUCUACACAUUAACCCUGGAACAAAAAGAAACAACCAAAAACUCCUGAUGUUGUUGAAAUGGAUCGAUUUAUUAGGAACGCAAUAGCAAAUGGGUGUGUACUUUUGUUUUUAUUCUCAAAGACUCUGUAUGAGAACAUAAUUAACUUGAACCACAACACUUCAUGCUUAUGUCAAUAAGAGGAAAUUGACGGACAUCAUUUAUGUAAUUAAAAUAGUUACUCUAAA